CCGCCAUGCUGGUGCCCUCCCCGAUUACAGAAGACCUCUGUCCCCCUCCCCCACUGGUGACGUCCUGGGUGGCCGCCAUUAUCAAGUCUCGCAUUGACGGCUGCAGACAUUCCCAGGAAUUCUCACGCCAACUGGCUGAAACUGCACUGCGCAAAUAUGCUCAGCAAACAGGUCAACUAUACGAGCUCCAUAUGUUCUGUGGCUUGCAUGUGUUCUUUAGAUCGGAAGCCUUUUAUUGGCACACCAACUUCUUGGCACGCCCAAAGGAUGCCGCUGGUGAGCUGCCCAUCUACUUCUUCGUCGAAGCAACCGCACCCAUGGGUGACGACGAUGAAUUCCUGGAGGAGGAUAUCGUCUUGUGCUGCCCAAUCAAACCAUCUACAAUUGGUGGUUGUCGUUCUUGUAGUGCCGGAUACAUAAAGAUCAACCAUCCUAUCGACAAAGAACAUAACGGUGGAUUGGAGGACUAUGAUGCUGACAAGAUUGGGAAUGGAGAUGAUCACUGGGCUUAUAAUUUUCCUCCGCUUGUGGACUUUAUCAUGUUCGAUGCCGAGAGGGACAGUGCAACUGUAUGUGCUGUAGAGAAGAGCUUUCCUCAGAGUUCUGACGGGGAUGAAAGCGUAGAGGACUUCUGGAUCCGUCAGGCAUUAUAGCAGUUAGCAGUAGUAAUUUAUAUAGUAUGACUGCAUAGAGCAUCUGACUGCUAGUGCCUAUCUUGAAUAAUGAUGUUUUUGUUCUGUUUUGUAUGAUAUGUUGUGUUUCUAUUUGACAUGAUGUUGCCUAGUGAAUGUUGCUACUUGA